ACUCCACUACUCACAUCGCCGGUUAACUGGAGUUGCUACGUCACCGUUUUCCGGYGUCUCUACUAAGAAUCUUCUCUCUAUCUAUACUAUGGCCRAUAAAGAGGAAGGACAGGCAAGUGCCCCUCGAGGGGCAGACUGGGAAGUGGUUUCACUUACCGCAUCAGCUUAUGCUGCUGCUCCAAAURGGGAUAUGUCCGAGGUUAAACUUGGAGAAAAUGGUGACGUAGUUGACACAGAUCAAGUUGAAACUUCGAACAAUUUGUUCAUGUCUGGUCACUUUGUUUUGCCACCUACCCACCACGAGAACCCUCCACUGGAACCUGAUAACACAGAGAUCCGUGGUGAGCAGGUACGAAAAGAUGAUGGUUCUGAAUCUGUUAAAGAUGCAAAAUCUGAUGCUAAUGAAGAAGAUAACUGGAAUCUUAGCAAGUUGACCGCUUUGGAUGGUUUUCAUGUAACCCCGUUUUCCAAUGAGAAAAGUAGCGUAUUAGCGUUUAGCGAUGCUGACAUMACCGAAAACGCCACGUUAAAUCUGGGAGGGAAAGAGCAGAGUAUUUACUGCUCUCCGAAGCUUGCUUCAUUACACAAUGAAGCAAAUAUGGGUACGUUAAACCUAGAUGAUGACACGAGCUUGUUAGAUGAGUCUGUGCAAUCUUCUGAUCCAGCCUUGGUUUCGAGCAUUCCGAAUCUUCCUAAAAAUAGUAAAGAAGACGGCCAUGGUGGGUCUGGCAUGCCUUCUGCUGCUUGGUGGAAGAAACAGGCUGCUUCUUUGUAUGUACAUGCGAAGGAGGGGAAUACAUUUUGGUCCAUUUUUGCCGCUGCUGCAGUGAUGGGAAUUCUAGUUAUUGGCCGGCAAGAACGAUGGCAAGUUCUGUGUCAUGAAUGGAAAUCCAGGAUUCAUGACGAGAGGAUGAAGAUGCUGGCGGGUCCCAUAUCCCGAUUCAAAGAUGUAAUCGCAGGCGGCAACAGACAAGAUUUUUCCAUCAGGGGAAGCACCUCAAGAGAACGUUGAAGGUUAACGGCAACAAUAUCGUUUGAUGACGAUGACGAUGACGACGACAAUGAUGAUCCAAAAAGAGCGAAACAUAUGUCGAUAGCAGGUUUUGUUUCAAACCAUAAUUACUAUUUAUUUAGGUUGUUUAACGUUAUAUGGGUCCUAUUUUAUACACGAGAAAUUGAAGAUGAGAUCCAUAAAAUAAAGGAAAUUGGCCAAAGGAAUGAUAUUUUAUUUUGCAAGAAUUGAGAGGAAUUCACAUGUGAAUAUUCUUUGUUUGCUAUCUCAGAUUUUUCUAUGUUC